AGAAUCCCUGUCCAGAUAAAAACUUCAUACUGGAACUAUACAUCCGAACAUAGCAAAUUCCUGACAUUUUUUUACCGUUUUUGACGACAAAUGUCAACUUUUCAGUGUUGACAUUUACAGUUGUGUGUUGUAGGUAGCAGCAAGUUCAAAAAUCGAUUCAUAACAUGGGCGACAUUAAUUUCAUACUCAAUAAACCAAUUACCCGUUAACCCCCUGAAGAAAAUUAAUGCCUCAAAGCUACUACAACCCUUAUUUUGGAAAGAUGGAGGAUGUUAGCGAUAUAUCUGGCGAAGUUACCGUAGUGGAUGUAUAUGACAUUGCCUCUGAUAUUGGAAAGGAAUGUGAAAAAAUAAUAGACCAGUAUGGAGCUGAUGCUAUGACUUCGUUAAUGCCUAAGGUAAUUAAUGCUCUUGAGCUUUUGGAAAAUCUAGCUACGAAGAACGAACGGGAGAAUAGCCUGCUACAUGAACUACAAGCAAAAAUAUCGCAGCUGGAAAAUGACAAGCUCGAGAAAGCAGAAUACCGUAAGAAGUUUGAAAAGGAACUAGAAGUAAUUGAAGAACAAUGGAGAUCAGAAUCCAAAGACCUAGUAGGUAUGGUCUCUAAACUUCAAGAAGAAAAUAGACGUUUGUUGAAAGAACAUAGUCCAAAUCACACUCCCUCAAAUUUGAUGCCAACUACUGAAAAUGACAUAUUGCAGAGACUGAAGAAUUCCGUAGAAAAACAAAGAGAUGAAAUCCGUUUUAAAGAAAAAUUGUUACAGGAAAAAAAUGGUGAUGUAGAUAAUCUAAAAACUCAAGUGGAAAGAUUGACAAAUUCUAGCAAAGAAUUAAGAAGGAAACACAAAUCAAUGCAGUAUCAAGUGAGAACUCUUUGUGAUGAAAGAGCAGACUUUCUUGUACAACUACAGGACCAACAAAGAGACAUAUCAGCAUUAAGACAACGACUGGGUUUGGCACAAAAGGAAAAUGAAGACCUAGUAAAUAGUGACAUGCCAAUGCCAAGUAACAAAGCUGUAUUUGAUCUGGAUGAUCCAAAUAGACCAAGAUUUACAACUCAGGAAUUAAAAGAUAUAUUACAUGAACGAAAUGAGCUUAAAGCUAGAGUUAGCGAUUUAGAAGAUGAAUUGGAGACAUAUCGGCCAAAGAAAAAGGCAGAAACAUUAAAAAAACUUAUUCCUCUAAUGGAUAAAAUAGAAAUGGCUUGUGAAAAUUUACUAGGUUUACAGAGUUCAGAACCGCCACCUUGUUACUCCCCGGUAGAUGAUGACGCUCCAGUACAAGGUCCCCUUCCAUACGAACCUGAUGAUGCCCCUUGGAAAAAAUCAACUGAAUCUGGAAUCAGGAAGUUUUUUCGUAAGCUCUUUUCCGAGGGCAACAAUGGAAGCAGUUUUCCUAAGCGUAGUCUCUCCACACUGUCUAAGAUGGCUCUGUCUUCAACUAGCGAACCAGUUUCCAUCUAAAUAUCCAUUCUCUUUGUGCAGUGCUAUUAUUGGAUCCUACUCGAUAUUAGAAACAGGUUAUAUCCAUCAUGCCAUAUGACCAGGGAUGAUAUGUAGAUGGUAGAUGUAUGUAAGCACAAAUCUAGAGGUUAUUGCAGUGGCGGAUUAAGGUUAUUUAACCUUUAACCUUAUUUUAACCUUGAAAAUAUAUGGAUAUUGUUAUCCACAUGGAAUGGGAAAUGGAAGUGGUCAUGGUAGAGGUUAUUUAAUCUGUGAACUUCAUUAAAAUGAAGAGAGGUGUAGGUAAAAAUGUGACCAUAUAAAGGGUGCUACAUAACUAAUGUGACAUAGAGUAACCACAUUUUAUUUUGAUCAAAAUAUGAGGAGACCAAAUAUGUAAAAUAUAAAAUGUAUUUUUCUCAGUUUUCUCAAAUUUCCAUUAAAAUUCGUGAAAUUACGAUAUAUUAAGAUUAUCCUCACAAUUGUUUAUAAUUUAUUGUCAAUUUUUAUUGUGCAUAAUCCUUAAUCCACCACUGAGUUGUAUUUGUGUUAUUUUUAUCUAAAAUAAAAAAAAUGUGUCGAAAAAUGAUCAGAUUUGCUAGUCAUACCUACAACAGACUAAAAAAAAUAUUUUUGAAAAGAUAGGGAGUUCCUUUGAAUUAUUUUAAAAUUAAUGUACUAAAGCUUUCAAGCAUAUAUAUUAAAUAGAGAACAGCAUUGCAUAAGGUUUGUUUGGUAUCAAAGGGAAAGUGUUGCAAAGCCAGUGUAUAUAAAUAAAUUCAAUACAUAAUAAAAUACAAUAUUUAAAUUUGAUGCAUCAUGUUUUACUUACUUUUAUUUAAGUACUAAUAGUAAAUAAUAAUUAUUUAAAUAACAUACAAAAUUAAUUGAUUUAAAAAAAAAUCAUCAGCAUGUAAUUAGUUGUUUUUUUUUUUAUUUCAAGGAAGUAUUUAAUGUAUUUCUCACGAGUGGCGUCAUUCUAAACUUAACUAAAUGAUUUGUAACCUGGCUAAGUGUCAACAACAUGCGUUCACGUGAAAUUUCGGCUGAAGUUACAGAUGGCACCAUCUAUUGUACCCUCUUCCUAUAAAUGAGGUCAUUGCAUCAAAGCUGCACUGCUUAGAAUUUACUUUAUAUUCAAGUUUAAGAGCUUAUUAUUUUCAUCAAAUAUAUUGUUAUUCUUAAACAAUGUAAGAGACGCUAAUGGCUAUUUACUUUGCUUGUGAAAUGACAGACGUAAUGAAAACAACGAAAAUGCAGGACACUAAUGACAUUUAUUUUCCCAUCUGCAUCAAAACAAAGUUCAUUUGGAAGCUGACUCUAUGUAAUAUAUAUGCAAGAAGACUAAUGCGCCCAAAAAAAAAAAAAAAUGAUUUUUUUUUUUCAUUCAUUAAUGACAUUUGAGAUUUUUUUAUUAAAUUCUUGUAUUUUACGAGAUACGUCAAAUUAUUUUUACGGAUGUUUCGUCGCUUAUUAGGACAUCUUUAGAGCUAAAAUUUAACUACUAAAAAUUAUGUGGAUAUUUUUCAUUACGAUUUUUUAAAAAGGGAAUUUUACCCUGGAUCGCCCUGUACUUUUGAACAACUAUAAUUUUCAAAAACAAUUGCUCUCUAAGCAAGUUGAUUUAAAAGAAAAUGUAUUUAAAAUUACAUCAAAUCUCAUAAAGGUAGAAAUACCCUUGUUUUAAUAUUUUUAUGGAGGCCUGUUGAAAUUUUAAAACUUUAAUUCAUAGAUAAGCCAAUAAAUUGAAGAUUUAAGCAGGUCCUUUCGCCACCAAUGUUAAAUAAAAAAUAUUAGAUUAUGACUAAAAUUAAU